AUGACUGAGAACAAUAAAAAAAGAGGAAAUAGUUUUCGCAAAAUUUUCCCAAACCUAUUCUUUUCCAACAAGAAUAAAGAAAAGUCAACGAUUAAAGAUAACACUGGUUUAAAAUUGAAAUCAGGUGGUACAAGUAAGAAUAAUCAAUAUCAAAACCCUAAGUUUGUGAUUGAUAAGCAUGAAAGUCAUAGUGAUAAGACGGAACAAAAUGACGAACGAAUAUACGAAAAUCUUUCAACAGCAGUAUUUAUUCAGAACGCUAAUGAUUCAAACAGUAACGACCGCGUUAGUAAUCAUUCUUCUAGCAGUACCUUAGUCUCGGAAAACGCUAAAAAUAUGAGCCAGUCUCAUAAUGAACAGAAAUCAUAUGAGAAAAGUAAUAAAUAUAUUGCAAGGCCACAAGUCCCACCAAAACCACAACAAGAAAUAUUGUACCCUUCACCAGUGCCAGAGAAACAUGUACAAAGUUAUGCUAGAACUCAGUAUCCUGAUGUUUACUAUCAUUCUGUAGAGAAGCUUGCUGAUAAGUUAUCCACCCUAGAUGAAAUUGAAAUUUACAGAGCAUCACAAGCUCAAGCACACCCAGCAUCAGUAGGAGCUGAAAUUAAAAAAGUAAGCACAAAAUUUCUUAUAUCACCGAAAAAGGAAGCUGAAGUGCGCACGAUUCAACCGAUUCGAGCUCGAAGUUUAUCGCUUGAUAAAAAUAGUUCAAACACUGUUGAAAAUCCAAGGAAGCACAAAAACGAAAAAUAUGUUGAAAAGCCGUAUAAUUAUUCUGCCCCAACUUCCCCUAUAGCUGUUGGACAUAAAAGACCAAACAUGCCCACGACUGUUUCUCCGUAUGAACGAGUCAAACAAAAUAUGAUAGAAGCGGAAGAGAAACGAAACUCUUUGAGUAGAUUAAGCUAUCAAAACAAAUUAUCACCGUCACCGAGAUCCUUUUUCUAUGAUGUAUCAAAAACUGCAGCUGCUGAAGAUUCAUUAAAAAGAGAAAAGACUCGUCAAAGAGUUGAAGCGUAUUAUUGGCAAAAAAUAAAAGAGCUUAAACAAAAAGAAGACGAAUAUCUUUUGAGACAAUCAUUGGGUAGUUCUUUAAGACCGCAGACAAGGACGCAAUAUGCAUCAUAUUCUAAUUCAAACUGUAGUACUCCGACCUCUUUUAUACAGGAUUCUAGAAGUUGCAGUUUGCCGCGCGGUAGUGACUUAAACUAUGCAAGUCAAACCAUGAACACAUCUUCUCCUUUCAUUCGAGGUGCUCCGCAAAGGCGAACUGACUCUUAUAUUAAAACGAAGAGCUAUCAGACAGACCACGACCUAGUGCAGUAUAGAAAUUCCGAAAAGUUGUACGGAAAUGUUUUAAACAGAAAUCACAUGCCAAUUUUUCAACGUGGCUCAUUAACCACUGAUACGACAAACAUCGUUCAACAACCAAAACGUGUGAGUUUUGAAGAAAGUACCUUAACUUUAAAUCCUGAGCUGCAACAGGGCGUUAGAAGUAUAGAAAUGCAGUGCAAAAACAAUAAGUGUAAAAAUUGCCAAACUAGUGAACACAAUACAGUGAAAUUAGGACCUAAGGACCUGAAGAAUCCACCACUACCGCCAUUACGUACAACAAGUGUUUCAGGUGGUAUUAAAAAUAAUAAACAUCCCUUUGGUAAAAACAUAGUAACUAUAAUGGGUGGAACUCGUUCAGUGUGUUCAGAAUCUGAAAGCGGAUCUGAAGCUGGUGAAAUCCAAAGGAUAAUGCAUAGCAACUCGCGAAAAGGUAAGUCUAGUCUCUAG